AAGGGGAAGAAGAAAGAGAAAGAAAAUAAAGAGGAGGAGAAGGGGAAGAAGAACGAGGCGAAUAAAGAGGUAAAGAAGAACGAGGAGAAUAAAGAGGUAAAGAAGAAAAAGCGGAAGGGCAAAAAGAAAGCAGGGGAGCAGUCCACAACAGAGGUGCAGGUGAAAGCCCCCAUCGCGGCCCCGGAGCCAGAGCUCAGAGCAGAGGCGGAGGGGGAGGCUGAACAGGAGAGGCAGGAGGAGCCGGUAGAGGCCCAGGACCAUCACUCCAUCAGCAGCACAGAGACACAGACAGCACAGGCGGAGCAGAAGGCCAACACCGAGGUAGAGAAGGAGGCGGUAGAGGGGGAAGAGAAGGAGGCGGGAGUAGAGGAGAAAGAGAAGAAAGAAGAAACAGAGGAAGAGCCAGCCGAGCAGAUGGAGGAGGAGGCAGAGGCGAACGGAGGGGAAGGGGAGAACACUAAUGGAGAAGACAAGACUGCUUUAGCAGAGGAGGCCAAACCCUCCAAGCGUCCGCGGAUCAUGCAGUGUAAAGUCACCCUCCUGGACGACACUCUGUUUGAGUGUGAGCUCGGUAAACAUGCGACGGGCUCGGAUCUGUUUGUGAAGGUGUGUGACCACCUCAACCUGCUGGAGAGAGACUACUGUGGCCUGGCCGUCUGGGAUACCCCCACCUCCAGGACAUGGCUGGACGCCUCCAAAGAGAUCCGGAAACAGGUGGCAGAUUAUACCUACGAGUUCACUUUCAACGUGAAGUUCUACCCUCCUGAUCCAGCUCAGCUCACAGAAGACCUCACCAGGUACUACCUGUGUCUACAGCUGCGUAAAGACAUCCUGAGUGGCCUGCUGCCAUGCUCCUUUGUAACUCUGGCCAUGCUAGGCUCCUACACGGCCCAGUCUGAGCUGGGGGAGUAUGAUCCAGAGGUCCACGGCUCUCACUACACCAAGGAGCUGAGGCUGGCCCCGGGACAGGGCAAAGAGCUGGAGGACAAGGUCAUGGAGUUGCACCGCACAUACAGAUCCAUGAGUCCAGCCCAGGCAGACAUGUUGUUUCUGGAGAAUGCCAAGAAGCUGUCUAUGUAUGGAGUGGAUCUGCACCAAGCCAAGGAUCUUGAGGGUGUGGACAUCACGCUAGGGGUGUGUUCUGGUGGUCUCAUGGUCUACAAGGACAAGCUGAGGAUCAAUCGUUUCCCCUGGCCCAAAGUCCUCAAGAUCUCCUACAAGCGAAGCAGCUUCUUCAUCAAGAUCCGUCCCUCUGAACAGGAACAGUACGAGAGCACAAUCGGCUUCAAGCUGCCCAACUACAAGGCCUCCAAGAAGCUGUGGAAGGCCUCAGUGGAACACCAUACCUUCUUCAGGGUGUCGUCCGUGGAGCCCCCGUCGUCCCGCUCCCGGUUCCUGGCGCUGGGGUCAAAGUUCAGGUACAGUGGCCGUACCCAGGCCCAGACCCGCCAGGCCAGUUCCAUGAUCGCCCGGCCCGCCCCACGCUUCACACGGUCCGCCAGCAAGAGGCUGUCCCGCACCAUCGACGAAGCUGGAGAUGAUGAUCUCCAUGCCUCGCAACUCUCUGCUAGUCCAAACAAGACCGAGGAUGACGAUUGGUUCUUCAUGCUGGGAUCUGACCAACCCCAGACCUUUUUUUCACCAGCCAGAGGGGGGGAGACUUCCACUCAGAGCUGGGAUGAUGGCAAGUCCGUCCAGACAGUCAGACAGGCAUGGCAGGAGACUGAGACAGGCCAGACGGUCAGUCGGACAUGGCAGGGACGGGUGUCUGAUGAACAGCAGCAGGGGAGACUGGUGGAGGAGAAAGAGGAGGAUUGGUUUGUCCUGCUGGGCAGACAACCCUCCCUCCCCUAUGUCCCCUACCCCAUGAUAAAACCGCCAGUCAAAUACCGCUCUGCCAAGGUGGCAAAGGUGGCCACGGCCAACAUUCUGGAGAGGCUGCUACAGCCAAGGCAGGAACCAAGUGAUGACUGGGUCAUGCAGUUGGACCGCAGCUUUGAGUUUGUAGACACACCUCCAUUCUCUCCCCCAGUCUCCCUGGAGAAGGAGGAGACUAGGCAGGAGAGGAGGGAGGUGAUCAAGAGGCUCCAGGAAGGAGUGUUCCUGGUGGAGAAGCUGAGGGAGGUAGAGGUGCUGGAUGAGAGACUGAGGGAGGUGAAGGUUCUGGAAGAACGGCUGCAGGAGGUGGAUGAGCUGGAGGAGAGGAUACAGGAGGAGGUGGAGGCCAGGCAGCAGCAGGGGGAGGAGGUAGGGGUAGAACAGGAGGGGGGGGAGGAGGAGGUGGUAGAGGCAGCGGAAGAGAAUGUGGAGGAAGUAGAUGAGUUGGAGGAGCAGAUUAAGGAGGUGUUUCUCAAAGGAUUGCUGCCAGAUGAGUCAGGGGAAGAUGAGGGACUAAAAGAGGAGAGUAUGGAAGAGGCAGAGGAAUCUGAAGAAGGGUGGUCAAAUGUGGCGAGCACCUCCUCUGUGGUACGGAGAGUAGAGUGGAGGACCCAGAAUAAUGUGACUAUAGUGAAAGAGAUGAGGCAACAAGAAGGAGAGAUGGAGGAGGAGACGGUGGAACAGGUGGAGGUUUCAGACGAGGGAUUGAAAGAGGAUGAAGGAUGGUUAGAGGAGAGGAAGCGUCAGGCUUUGGAGGAAGGGUUGCCAGAGGGGCUUGAGGAAAGGAGAGGAGAGAUAAGAGUGGAAAGGAGGAGGAAGAAGGUGACUAUAGUGACACAGGAUGAGAGUCUUCCAGAUGAACUAGAGAAGAAAGCAUCUGAGAAGUUGUCAGAGGACCAGAUAGGAGGCCAUUUUUAUAAAGAAGGACAACUUAUGGUGAAAUUCAAUGAACUAUUUGCGGCAGAGAAGUUAGGGUUACCGGUAGUUACAAUUCAGCAGUGGCUCCAAGAACAGGAGUGGCUCCAAGAACAGGAAAAGGUCAGGGAGGAGAAACAGGAGGAGAGAGUGGAACAUGGGAAGGUUUCAGGCAAGGGAUUGAUAGAGGUGAAAGGAGGUCUAGAGGAUAGGAUGCGGCAGAUGUCGGAGGAAAGGGUGCCAGAGGGAGAGCAGACUGUGAAGAAAACCAAGAAAACAGUGAGAAUAGUGGAAGAAAUGAGGAGAACACAGAAGACACUCGAGGAAAAGUCAUCAGAGGACAUUUUAUCAGAGGAAAGGCUGGGAGAUGGAUUUUAUACAGAGGGGGAAGUUUUGGUGAAAUUCAGAAAGGAUGUGGAGAGGGUUCCACAUAGAGUCAGACAAAUGGAGAAGCCCCAAGAAGAAGAAGAGGUGGUGGAAGUGAAUAUGCAGCCAUCCCAGCCAGAAGACAAGGACGAUUGGGUUGUGCUGCUGGACAGCCUCCCACAUAAGACUCUUUAUAAGCCUCCAGUCAUUCCAGUCGACUCCGCUCUGGUGCCUGUGGUCUCCACAAGAUUCUCUGUGGUGUUAGUAGACACGGUCGAGCAGAGAGCACCAGAGAGGGAAUGCAUUGAAGUGGAGGCCACACAGCAACAGCCUGAAAGGGGGUUGGUGGAAGGACGGAGACCGUGGCAAAUGCAGGAAGAUGAUUGGUGUAUGCUCUUGGAACUGGCUGAUCGUGUUCCUUCAGGUGUACCAACCACACCAGUUUCAGCUUCUUUGCAAGAGCAAGUUCAGGUGUACGUAGAGGAAACCAUCUCUUCCAUGGUUAAAGUGAUGACAGUAGUGCAGAGAGAGGAGAGCAGGGUGACUGUAGUGGAGGAGAUGGAGUUACAGGAAGACCAGAGCCGUCUGGAACAGAAACCGUCACAGUCACAGAGAGAGAUGGAAGAUGACUGGGUUGUCCUGCUGGACAUUGUUCCCAGAGAACCAUCUGUGAUUCCGUCAGUAUCUGAGGAAUGUGUGUUUGUACCAGCUUCUGUGGAAGAGCGUAUUCCGGUAUACCCUGAGGAAAGUGUCUCCUCUGUGGUUGAGUUGACGACAGUAGAGCAGAGAGAGGAGAGAAGGGUGACUGUAAUGGAAGAGAAGCAAGAGGAGCGACAUCAAGAAGAAGUUAUACUUCCACCACAGCCAUCAAGAGAGAUGGACGAGGACUGGUUUGUGCAACUGGAUGUCGUGCCCAGAGAAACAUCCUAUAUACCACCAGUCGCUCCAGCAGAGCCAACACCGGUUUCUCCAGAUGUGAUCAGCCCUGUGGUUGAGGUAAAGGCUGAAAAGCAGAAGCCAGUGGUGGUUCUGGUGGAGGAGACGAGGCCACAACAGAAACAGGAAGUAGAGGAGUGGCAGCGACAACCAGAGAGAGAUGAUGAUUGGUUUACACCGUUUGCUGAUGUCCGUGAGGAGCCGAUCAUUGUACCACCAGUUGCUCUUGGUGAGCAUACUCCGGUAUAUCCAGAUUUAAGCCAGACCACCUCUGUGGUUGAUGUGACGACCAUAGAAAAAAUAAUGAAGAAGAGGGUGACUAUUGUUGAAGAGAGGUGGGGACAGCAAGAGGAGAUACUCCAGUCAGAGAUGAUCAUCUCAGAGCAGAGACCACCAGCAGAGAGAGAGGAGGGAGAUGGCUGGUUUGAUCUGUUGGAUGCUGUCCGUGAAGAACCUGCUGGGGUUCCACCAGUUUCUCUGGCUGUUAGCGAUAGGGUAUACCCAGAGGUUGUGCCAGCCAAACAUCUGACCAUUGAGCCUGAACCAAGAGUGUUUGUGGUGGAAGCAGUCAGAUCCCUUCCUGAAGACGUUGCCCUGGAGGGUAAAGCAACACAACCGCAGAGAGAGCUGGAUGAUGAUUGGUUUUUGCAGCUGGAUGUUGCCCCUAAAAUAGCAGCUGUUACAGUGGUGAAGGAGACAGUGGAACAGAAACCACCAAAAACCGUGAGGAUCAUGGAAGAGACUGUUAAGAUGGAGGAGGGGCCUGUGGUAACACCUAAAGAAGUGGAUGAUGAUUGGUUUGUGCUUUGGGACUGCGCUCCCUCUGAGAUACUGACCACAGCCAAGGCGUUCCACGUAGACAGAGAGGUUAUAGAGCUGGUACCCCGGAGAACAGUGGUUGUGGUGGAGGAAACUAGGAAACCACCUAGAGUGGUGGAGGACAGACGUGAACCGGAGGUUGAACUGGUGAAAACACUGCCUCCCCAAGAGAGAGGGGAGGGUGAUGAUUGGUUGACGCUCUUUGAAGCCUCUCGUCAAGAGCCUGUGAAGAUGCCAACAGUUGCUGUGGUAACUAGACCUGCCCCUGUGGUUGAUGUGAUGAUGACGAGCACAGAGCAGAGAACCCAGAAAAGGGUGACAAUAAUGGAGGAGAGCUGGAGAGAGGAGAGGACCCUGCAGCAGAGACUGCCUCAGAGACAGAUAGAGGUGGACGAUGAUUGGUUUGUCCUGCUGGAUGCUGCCCCUAAAGAAUUAGUUGCUCUCCGUGAGCGUCUCCAGGACUAUACUGACAUAACUGUUGUCAAAGGUCCAGCCGCUCAGCCCAAACCCACAGUGGUGGUUUCUGAGGAGAAGAGACCGCUGUUUGAGAGGAGGGUUCUGGAGAAGAGACCAGCACAACCCCAGAGAGAUGUGGAUGACGUUUGGUUUGUGUUGCGGGAUAAAAAAUCGCGUGCAGUGGUGGCCACCCACAAGGCCGCCCGUCCGGUCAGCGCCCCAGUCUUCUCCCAGGCAGCCCUGAUGGAGGCAGGGAUCCCCAUGCCCCCCCUGGACCUCCAGCAGCCCCAGACCUCCACCCCCAUCAGGCUGCCAGCCCGCCAGGACGACAGGAAGCUGGAGGUCACCGUGGAGGCGGUGGACGAGGGCUCAGCCGAGGUCAAGUCUGAGCAGACGGACACUGAGGAGCCGGUGCAAAUGAGGAAGAAAAGAGCUAAGAGAACUGAGGGUGACUCAAUUUAUAUCAGACAUAGUCUUUUAAUGUUGGAGGACUUUGAUCAUCCCCAGGAGGAUCUCAUCAGGCAUCAUACUAGUAUCAGUGAGCUGAAGAGGAACUUCAUGGCGUCUGUCCCAGAGUCCCGGGGGCCCAGCGAAUGGGACAAGCGCUUGUCCACUCACUCCCCCUUCCGCAGCCUGGGCAUCAACGGACAGCCUUUGCCCGAUGCCGACGGGAGUGUGUGUAUUACUCCUAUAAGUGAAGAGCUGGACACUAAGGCAGCGCUGCAACAGGAUGAGUCCAGCAGCACUGUAAGGCCAUCGGGGGGGCCCAGCCCCAGCCCUGCUAGCACAGAAACUGGGCCUGAUAGGGUUGACUCCAAAUCCCAUGAUGCACCUGUGGUGGCAGGGCCAUGUGAUCAGGAGGAUGAGCAUGUUAGCUCUGGGACCACCAUCGUUGAGGUGGAGAGGGCACAGCUGCCCCACUCCUAUCAGCUCCAGGGUACAGUGCUGGAGGAGGAGGAGCCGGCAGACCCAGGGUCGAGGGGGGAGCAGUCUGGGAGGAUAACUGGAGCCUCCCACACCUCCUAUUUCGUGAGCGGUGUUCCCCAUGUCAUACGCUGUUUCCAGCCCCCUCUGGUGCAGACCCAGACAGUCACCAUCACAGACGUGUCCAACUCCCUCCCUACUGAUGUCUCCACUAAGGAUGUCCCUAUCGUUCAGACCCAGACUAUCACCUACGAGUCUGCAGAGGGGUCAGUUGACGGGACAGACGGGGGGAAAGAGGCCACAGCACUGAGCAGCAUUCAGACCUUUACCUCAGAGAGCAGCAGGGAAACCAGUGGCACCUCCAUUACUACCACCACCACUCACAUCUCCAAGGUGGUGAAAGGAGGAGCGUCAGAGACCAGAGUGGAGAAGAGAAUCGUCAUCAGUGCCGACUCAGAGGAUGACCAGGGAAGCGACGGCGGAGCAACAGCAAUGUGAUUCAGCUCAACACACAGUCAGGGAGCCCUAUGGAUCUGAUGCUCAAGACACCAGAGCUUUGUAGUACAGGGGACCAAGUGACUAACCUCCCUGUCCCAGAGCCACCCCCACCUCCUCAACCCAUACUGACAUUGUGUCCUGACUGGUCCCCUCCAGAACCACCGUGGAUGCAUCUCAAAUGACCAGAGCCCUGGUUGGGAUGCUUCCUGGUGUCUCCCUGCCCAGUGGGAUAUGAACAGGCCAGGGAGAAAGCCUAUUGUGUCCUCUCUUUCCAUACUGCUGUACUGACUGUAUGGUGGCUUCAUUUUGGUCUAUUCCACUCAAACCUCAUAUUUCGCCAAAUUACUUUUUUUUAAAUGAUUGUAGUAGGAAAGAUGAACCUUUUCAGUUCUAAGAGCAUUUAGGUCGUUUGCUUUUAAAUGUUUAUUUACAACAUAUUUUUCUGUCGUUUGUAUUGCUACUACUGUAUCAUUGAGUUUAAGUGUGGACUCAGCGAUAUGACAGAGAUGCAGAAAGUAAACAGCGUAGUGGGUCAAUUUCAGCAAAACAACUAAGAGCAUUGAAGUGAGAGGCUCAACUUCUCCUCUGUUUUGGUGCCAUGGUUCCAACGCUGUGAACAGAGUGAAGCGAACCCGUGCACAUGCGCAGAUACUGUGUGAGAGCAAAGUCUUGCUUCUCGCUCAUCUCAAUAUCUGCGGUGCUGGUCGAGGCAACGGCAUUUUACUGAGUCUCCCUUUAACAUGCUCAUUUUGAUAGAAAUGCACUGUUUUCAACUGAGCUUUAAGUAAUAACAUUAUCAGACUUUUUCAAUCAGAUUAAGAUGCUGAACAGAAACUAGACGUAUUUUUGGAAAGGGAUAACUCCUUUGAGUUUGUUUACGUUUGUAAUUGAGGAAUAUUAUUUUUUUAUUGAAUAUUCAAAUUGAAAUGACAUACCUCACUUAAAAGUAUUGAACAAAGAUAUUGCAUACUCAAACAAGCAGGCCUGUUUUGGAUUUGUUCUCUGCUCAGGUAAAAUAUCUCUUUCUUAACCAGCCAAGUUAACAUGUGUAAUACUACUAGGUCAGGCCACGAUGACCCUCGUUAUAAACUUUGACGUGAUGACAACUGUCUGUUUUGAAAUGUUUACUCUAUUUUAUAGCAUUACUGCUUUUAUAGUAUUUGUACAAAAUUAGGUUUUUAAGUUAUUGAAGUUCAUAUCCUACCCAAUGGUAGCUUCUCAUAUCAAUAUUGUCUUUUUUUUUUUACAGCUUGAGUUUGGGAGUGUCCCAUGUUUCCCAGUAGGUAUUCAGCAUUGUUUUUUCUUCCUCUUUUAACGCACCUUUGACCUCUAGGACUGCCCCACGCAGUCUGAUGUGAGAGCAAUGGAAAGUCCCGCUGUGUAUUGUCCCUUAAAAUGAUUUUAGAUCGAAACGUGAUUGAUUUUCAAACCUUUUGUUGUUGAUUUGAUGAAACAAUGCUUUAGUCUGUUUCUCCGGUUUUAUGUCUUUGUCAAUACUGCAGGACAAAACCCCUCUGUAUAUGAUUGUAUGAAGAAUGUUCAGUCUUAAUGUACAUUCUAGCCCUGCAGAUAGAUGGGUCCAAAUGAUACUCAGCUCUUAAACACCGUAGUACAUGUGCAAGAUGUAUUUAUCACUAUCAAAAGGCAGCUGUCCCAGUGUAUGUGGCUUUUCUUUCAUAUAGGGGAACAUAUUUUGUCCUUUUGUACAUGUUCUACCAUCAUUUCUUUGUAAAGUAGAGACUGUUUCAUGUGAUUCAUUGUACUGGGAUGUUUUUUAAAACACGAACAUGUUUGCAGGCUUUCAGACACAGAAGACACAUUCAUAAUCAUCUAGUUUGUAUAUCUUUCUUACCACCUGUUUUAGAGUAGAUUCCUCUACCAGUUGCUGUACCCUGUCCUUUUGUAGAUCAGAUAAAGAUACGUGUAUGAGAACCCUUUUAGAGAAUGACAAUUGGUAGCAGACCUUUCUUCUCCUCUGAAGAAGUUUGUGAAGGUGGCACAAACUAUUAGCUAGAAGGAUCUUGAGGGCAUAAACUAGAAUCUCAGCGGAACCCUUCGUUUUUAGAUUUGUAAACAUAUUGUUGCUUUUCUGUGACAUAUCCCUGUCUUAAAGUUAAAUAAAAUCAGAAUGAAUUAUCAAGUGG